AUGUCUAUUUAUACCAGCUCGACGAAUAACUUCGAACAAAUGCCAGACCGUGGAUAUUAUAGAAAUCUUUGGUGGGAUAAAGGAGAAUUUAACUCAAGGUGGACUGAUAAUGAUGUUAUUAAGUACGAGUUACCAUCAGAGUUUCAUGAAAUUUAUAUUGGCGCGAAAAUGGAUGCUUAUAGGUCCGUUAAAAAGACAAACGCACGGUCUAUUGUCUUGGAUCAACUUGAACUUGUGCUAGCGAUCAAGGAAAAGAAGCCGAUAAUUCAUUUGCCCACAAAAGUCACUCGUAGCUUCACAUGUAGUGAUGACAUGAUUGCCAUUGGUCAGCUAUUGUCGUCAAAGUUGCAUACAUUGAGUCAAUAG